AUGUCCUGUUCCAUACUCUUUCUUUGUUUUUGCUACCCUACAGAUGGAUCUUUUCGUGAAUACGCCAGUGCAUCCAUCUUUAACGGUAGCCACACGGGCAACUUCUUCCCACCCACUCCAAUCACCUCAGCUUCGGCUGGGCCCACUAGCCUUUUUGGCCUGCUGGCCGCGCCCAAUUCAGCUUCUCUCUUCCAGUCACUGACACAGCCUCAGCAUCAGCAGCAACUGACACAGCCUCAGCAUCAGCAGCAACUGACACAGCCUGGCUCACUUUUUCCGCUCAUUGGGCUUCCCAUCGCUGUCACUGCAGCCGGCCAGCCCUUCUACACGGCCGGUUCCACCAUGGGAACCGGUCUUUUUCUGCCCAGUUCAGCACUUGGGUCCACCUCUCCGGCCGUAGCCACGGCGGCCGCCGUCGACCAGCUCGCCGCUUGUCUCCUCGGCCCCACGGACUCCAUGCUUGUGGGCUCAAAUCCCACCCUCUCCGGACCGGGCUCCGGGCAACCGGGUCCCUGUGUCUCCUCAGUAUCCUCCAUCGGGUACGCCGAGCAACUGGAGUCCCUCCUCGCUUCGCAGGCCGGGCAGCUCCAACUGUCCCCUCAGACUCAGCUCUUACACUCACAGCAGAGGCAUCCUUCGCAGCAUCACAAUCUACAACAACAUCAGCCACACCAAUCCCAGACAACAUCGACGACCAAUGUCCUCCUGCCUCUUUUGCACCAGCAACUGCUGUCCCGAGUGCAGCCGAAGACGGACUUUUCGACACCCUGCACUGAGCCUGGCGUUGGACUCACGAUGCCGCUCCAUUCUCAGUCAGGCGAAUACUGGCUGCCUUUACGUGGUACCAUGGCGGCGGCUGCCGCUGUCGCGGCCGCUAAUGCCGGUGUAUUCAAUGAAGGUGUCCUUCGGCCGGGGGGAAUCGGCACCGAAGGACCUGGAGUUGCCAUGGCUGGUAUGGCCAAUGGCGUCUUACUGGACCAAUACAACGCCGGGAGUGGUGACAGUGGAUUUUGCUGGCAGCCGCAUUGUGCAAGAGGCCAGUUUAAGGUCUCCACAGAGAGGAGUAGUGACGCCGAUGAUGAAGAGGAUGAUGAUGAUGAUGAGAGGAUCGGACUGACAGCGAGCAGUGGACCCAUUUGA